AUCGAAUGCUGCGUGGAAUAUCUUUUCGAUGUUGGUGUUCCACCAACAUUCACUAUGACCAAAAUAGAAAUUGUGGGAAUAUACCGGGUCAUAGCUGAAGGGAAGAGUCUAUGUAAAUUGGGUCUUUUGAUCUACUAUGGUAUUGAAGUUCAUUACCUCAGCAAUAUAAUUUUAAUGGUACACGAUUCAGUACGUUCCCAAUACGACUGA